AUGUAUCCUGGAAUAAGGUUGGUUCCCUUUUUCCCUACGUGGUGGGCAAAGGACGCAAUUAAAGACGACCGACCAACUGUCUCCGGAAAGAACUUGUCCCCCUCUCGCGGCGACCAAUUCCCUCACGCUGGUCGCGCAAGGUUCCUCCCAUGCUCAAUGCUGAAUGCUGCCAUUCAUUACUCGCGGGGCGUAAGACAUGCAUGCACAGAAUCCCGGAGAAACAACCAGGUCAUCAUCACUAAAGAAAAAGAAAAGGAAACAACGGAACAGCAUGCAAUGAAUGAGGGGAGAGCAAUCCAACCUCACCAACCAUCACUACCGGGGGAUGGAGACAGGAAGAUUGAGAUUCAUUGGGCCAGGGCGCUGCAACGACAGAGAGCCAACAAGCCGACGAGCAACAACGCCCAAUUGUUGCCUCGUUUCAUGAUCUGCGCCUGUCCAGACUCGUCCUUUUACCCCUCCUCGGAAAACGGUGGGCUACAUACUCUCAUCAUCCGAGCACCUCCAAAUCCUACGGACAGUCCUUUGGCUUCCAGUCCCGCGGGUCCUUAA